ACGCAUUUCGAAUCUGAGGAUAUAAUACGAGAGUUGAGACCCUAUGGCCACAGCACAACAAUAAAAAAGUGCCCACCACAGUAUUUUCUACACCAUUGUUGAUCAGCACCACGGCAUUGUUGUAUGUAUGAAAGAAUCAGUGUUGUGUGUGAGUGAGAAAAAAAAUCUGGAAAAUUCUCUCAUUUUUUUAAAGUGAUGGAUUAAUUUUGACUGUUGUGGGUGUGGUGCAGUGUGGUUCGCACUGAAAACUACCGUCAGAAAUCUUACUGGACUUAAACUUUUUGUUUUAUGAUCGAUCAUAAAACAAUCAUAAAUAAAUCAUCAAUUUCAUAAUCAUGGAUGAUUACGAGAAGGGAUGGACUUUAAUUCGAGUGAAUGUAUAGUUGUCAUAUAAUAAAAAUGUGAUGUAGAAAUUUGCAUGUGCCCAUCUCAUUCCUAGUCAUUUGCUGAAACGAAGGAAGGAGGAAGAGUAUUUUUUACAGAGAAGGACUACAUAAUAUUAAAGUGCUGGUUGCAUGUAGUGCUGGAUUAUCAGAGAAAAGUGUCAGAAGGAAGUGAGAAUCUCGUUCGUUUGAAGGUGAUAAGGCGACCAAUACUUACCAACACAGGGCUCGGACUUGUAUAACUACAUAAAAAUCCGAGGGCGGAAGUGAUGUUUGUUCACCAGCAGCAGUUCCAUGAAUGAAGUAUUUCAUAAGGAGUGAAGCCUUGUGGGAUAGUUUCUACCAAUUGGUACUAUUACCUACAAAUUCUGUGUAAAUCCGGCCUUAUUCCCUUCGUGUAAGGGAGACUGGAGAGAAGAAUGAAUGGAAACUGUGAUAGUAUCCCUUGCUUUAUGAAAGUUAGAUGGAAAAUGUGCACCUCGAUGGCGUGGAAUUGGCUAAUAUUUUGGAUAAUCUUGGACGCCCUGUUAAUAAGUCCGGCUCAAUCGGUCGGGAAAGUUCCCAGUUUCGAUAACUCCUACUUUGGGAAAACUGGGAAAGGAAGUAGUAGAAGAACAAGGCAGCAUGACACCGACUACAAUGAUCCUGACGCACCUUACGACGAAAACGACCCCUACGGUCACAACAGUAGACUUCGCCCGGGGGAGGAAGACGAGGAUCCAUACUCCCGAAUAAGAAACGAAGGUGGUGAAGAAGAUCCGUACGCAAGGACGAGAAAUGAUGACAGAGACCCGUACGCCGGACUUCGAGGGGAUGAUAGAUACACAUCUGAAGGAGGACAACAUGGUGCAGGAGGAGGUUAUGAAAGUGGGUAUGGUUCGGAUUCUGGGGGACGAGGAGGUUACGACAGAACGUAUGACCGCUACGGUAAUGGAAACGGUGGUGGUGGUGGCACGGACCCCUACGCGGCUUCUAGAAGACAGGACAAUAAUGAUUCGAGCAAUGGUGGUGGUGGGGGCAGCAGUUACAGGGAUCCGUACGGACUUCCAGCAAUUUCCGAUCCGUAUGGUGCCACUGCUGGGAAUGGGGGUGGAGCGUAUAGUCCUUAUCCAUCGUCGACCACUUCGGGACAAAGGAUUCCAUAUUCGAGAGGAUAUCUUAAUGGCAACUCAAGCGUGCAGUGCUCGGGAUGUUGUGCGACGCGUUGUUUGGCAGAGAAAGGAUCACGGGGACCACAUGGUGCGCCUGGACUUCAGGGAGACAAGGGACAGCAGGGGUUUCCCGGAAUGGAAGGCCUUCCAGGUGGCAAGGGGGACCGAGGAGACACUGGGUUACAUGGACCACGAGGGCCUAAGGGAGAUCGCGGCAAAAUGGGAAUGCCUGGAUUUCCGGGAAUUCCUGGAAUACCUGGAUUGGCAGGUAUACAGGGACCAAGUGGACUUCCUGGAAUGGACGGAUGCAAUGGAACAGAUGGGCUACCUGGGCUGCCCGGUUUAAGCGGACCCCCUGGACCACGGGGAUUUCCAGGAACGCUAGGAGAAAAGGGUCUCAAAGGAGAGCCUGCAUUCGCCCGACCAGGAGGAAAGGGACAAAAGGGAGAACCUGGCUUGACCGGUCAAAGUGGUCCAGUUGGUCCACCAGGAACGCAGGGUUUUGAUGGAGCCAAGGGACCGAAAGGAGAUGGAGGAUUAAAUGGAGCCCCUGGAUUUCCAGGCCCACCAGGCUUGAAGGGAGAAAUGGGCGUCGCAUUUGUUGGAGACAAGGGUGAAAAAGGAGACAAGGGAAUGCAUGGUCCUCCAGGGCCGGCUGGAAACAACUAUACAUUUGCUGGAGGAAAUGAAACGGUAUACAUUGGCCCCAAAGGUGAAACAGGGAUGAAGGGAGAAAGGGGUGACUUGGGAAGCGCUGGGGUGCCUGGGUCAAGUGGACCCCCCGGUUUAAGUGGAGGCCCAGGAUUACCUGGAAUGAAGGGAGAAAAGGGCUUGCCUGGACCUGCGGGACCGAGAGGUAGAGAUGGGUAUCCCGGACCAGUUGGGCCAGGUGGAUUGAAGGGAGACAGAGGUGAAGCAGGCUUACCAGGUUUAGGGGGACUUAAAGGUCAAAAGGGGGAAUCAGGAAGGGAUGGAGAUAAGGGAUUUACUGGAUUACCAGGCCCUCGAGGACCAGCAGGUUGCGAACAAGGGUGGGCAGGCCCCCCAGGUCCAGAAGGUCCAAGGGGUCAUACUGGCUUACCAGGCCCAAAAGGCGAAGACGGAAUUCCAGGGUUGCCUGGAUUGACUGGAUCACCCGGACCAGUUGGAGGUCCGGGAGCACCCGGAAGAGAUGGUUUGGAGGGACGUCCUGCUCAGAAAGGUGAAAAAGGAGAUGGUGGCUUUCCGGGUUUGCCAGGCGAACGAGGACAAAGUGGAAUUCCAGGAAAUCCAGGUGCCAGUGGUCCCCAAGGUGUUCCAGGAGACAAGGGAAUGUCAAUUCAAGGUCCCAAAGGAAUGGAUGGUGCUCCCGGAAGAGAUGGUUAUCCAGGAAUCAAAGGGGAAAGGGGGUUCCCAGGUGCGCCUGGCAUACCUGGAGACUCCAAGGAUGGCCGUCCAGGCCCUCAAGGUCCGCCUGGAUUGAAGGGUUUUAGCGGACGAGAUGGAAAUCCUGGACGAGCUGGUUUUCCAGGGACGCCUGGUCAGAAGGGAGAUCCCGGUGGUUCUUGUCCUGAUUGUCGACCUGGAGAACCUGGAAUUAAGGGAGAUCGCGGAAAUCCGGGCGUGAGUGGAAUCCCUGGACCUCGGGGCCCCAAUGGUGAAAGAGGCCAUCCUGGAGAUAGAGGAGAAGACGGAUUACCAGGCGUUGGGGGACCUCCAGGACUUGAUGGACUUCCAGGAACGCAGGGUGCACCCGGAUUAAAAGGAGACAAAGGAGUGUCAGCAAUUGCUCCUGUAAUCGAAGGACCCGUAGGUGUAAAGGGAGAUCGUGGAGAGCCAGGUCGUCCAGGUUUUCCUGGACCACCAGGACCUGAAGGACAAAAAGGUUUGCCAGGCUGGGUUGGUUUAACUGGCCAAAUUGGAGACAAGGGAGAUCGUGGUCAACCUGGGUUCGAUGGAAUUCCUGGAAUAAGCGGAGGUCCUGGCUUAAAGGGAGAGAAAGGAGAAAGUGUCAAGGGUGAAAGGGGUUAUCCUGGACGUGACGGUGAACGGGGUUACAAAGGAGAUCCAGGGCCUUACGGACCUAAAGGUGAUGCUGGAAAGUGUCCGGAAAUGGAAAACUUAACAAAGGGACCAAAGGGGUUAACUGGACCCCCAGGACCUCCGGGGUUGAAGGGAGAUUCAGGGCCGGUUGGUUAUCCAGGAGAAGCAGGAAGAAAGGGAGAGAGGGGCAUUAAGGGAGAAUUCGGACCACCCGGACCUGUCGGACCAAGAGGUUUGCCUGGACCACGCGGAGACAAAGGAGAUAGUGGACCCCUCGGCUUCCCUGGAGAACCAGGAGACAACGGCAGACCAGGUCUACCUGGCCGGCCUGGAUUAAUUGGUUUAAAGGGUGAAAGUGGAAUUCCUGGAAUCGGACCACCUGGACCACACGGCAUUCCUGGGGAAAAGGGUGAACCAGGCUUGAUCGGAUUACCUGGAAGGCCAGGUUUACCAGGUUUACAAGGGGCCCCUGGGUUUGGGGGUGAUAAAGGAGAAAAGGGAGAAAUUGGCUUGAAUGGAUUAGGUGGACAAAAGGGAGAUCCAGGAUUUCCUGGUCAGCCAGGUCUCAGCGGCCCAAGGGGUCCUCCAGGGCCUGCUGGUUUUGAUGGUGCAAAAGGAGAACGGGGCUUACAAGGAGAAUUAGGACCAGCAGGUUUGCCUGGCUUCCCAGGACCCAAGGGAGAUGUUGGUUUGCCUGGUUUUGAUGGACAAAAGGGCUUUAUUGGACCACGAGGUUUACCAGGAAGUCCAGGGGUUCCUGGACUUGAUGGGUUACCUGCAGCAAAGGGAGAAAAGGGAGAUCGAGGCUUUGAGGGACCUCCUGGCUUUCCAGGAGAGAGAGGAGAACCAGGAUUGGGAGGAUUACAAGGUGAAAAGGGCGAUCGUGGACCUGUUGGACCCCCUGGAUUAAGCGGAUUAAUUGGUUUACCAGGAUUCAAGGGAGAAAGGGGUUUACCUGGGUUGGAUGGUCCUAAAGGAGAAACUGGUCGUGCUUCUGAAAAAGGAAACAAGGGUGAUCGAGGUUUGGAAGGCCCACGUGGUGCACCAGGAAAUCCGGGUCUUGAUGGAUUAAUCGGGAUUAAGGGUGAUCAAGGACUUCCGGGUUACGGACCCCCAGGCCCCGUUGGACCCAAGGGAGACAUCGGCCCCCCAGGACUUCAAGGAAUGAAGGGUUCCACUGGCUUAGCUGGAUUUCCUGGCAUUCCUGGCGCAAAGGGUGGUAUCGGCUUACCAGGUAUACCUGGCUCUCCUUGUUUGGAUGGCAUUCCUGGCGAAAGGGGCGACGUUGGACCUCCAGGUUCAGGACCGUACGGACCAAAGGGAGAUAAGGGAGAGCCUGGAAAGAGUGGAUACGACGGAAACAAAGGAGAACGUGGUCCAAUUGGUCCAGAAGGGUUACCCGGAUUUCCUGGAGAAAAGGGAGCAAAAGGAGAGGCUGGUCCUUCUUCUUUCGGUGAACGGGGUCCUAAAGGUCAACCAGGUCCAAUAGGAUCAAAGGGAGAUCAAGGAUUACGUGGCUUGGAUGGACUCCCUGGCGAAAAGGGAGACUAUGGACUCAUUGGACCCCAAGGCUUUCCAGGAAGACCAGGUUUAGAGGGACCCCGAGGUGAUCCAGGUCUUCAAGGUCCUCCGGGACCUUCUUCAUUGACUGCAAAGGGUGAAAAGGGCUUGCCAGGUCAUCCAGGUCCUGCUGGGCGUGAUGGAUUGCCUGGGUUGAGUGGGCCGAAAGGAGAUGCUGGAAUACCUGGCUUGCCUGGUGCCCCCGGUGUCGGAGAACCAGGUCCAAUUGGACCCCCAGGAGACAAAGGAGACCGAGGUUUCAGUGGGUCACCAGGGCUUCCGGGCGUGGACGGUCGACCUGGUCCAAAUGGAUUUGAUGGAUUACCAGGCGAAAAGGGGGAUCGUGGGCCAAGUGGACCUCCUGGCAUUCCGUCAUUACGUGGUGAUAAGGGAGCCCCUGGAGAGCCUGGCUUAACGGGACCACCAGGACUAAAGGGAGAUGCCGGAUUUCCAGGUCAACCUGGUUUGGAGGGGAAAAUGGGAAUGAAGGGAGAUCGUGGUUUGGACGCGUUGCCUGCACUUGAUGGACAACGUGGAAUGAAGGGUGACCGAGGCGAGCCUGGCUUGCCUUGCGAAUCAGGCCCCAGAGGUGAAAACGGACCCCCUGGAAUUGACGGAAGAAUUGGUCCCCCUGGGGCCCCUGGCUUAAAUGGCGUUCGUGGCGAACCUGGUCGAGCUGGUGCAAAUGGAUUGCCUGGAAGCCCUGGAUUCCCAGGUCCGAAAGGCGACCGUGGGUUUGAUGGUCCCCCCGGAUUGGACGGAAAGGUUGGACCUCCUGGCCCCAAAGGAUUACAGGGUCAAUCUUGCACAGAGGCUGGAGAUUAUUUGUCUGGCAUUCUUUUAGUCAAACACAGCCAGUCGACAAUGGUUCCCACAUGUCCCGGAGGUCAAGUUGCUUUGUGGGAUGGAUACAGUUUACUUUAUAUUGAAGGAAAUGAAAAAUCUCAUCAUCAAGAUCUUGGCUUUGCUGGUUCAUGUAUUCGUAAAUUUAGUACUAUGCCCUUCCUAUUUUGUGACAUUAACGAUGUCUGCAACUAUGCCAGUAGAAACGAUAAAUCAUACUGGUUAUCCACAAACGGCCCCAUUCCUAUGAUGCCAGUCGGGGAAGACGGCAUUCGCCAACACAUUUCUAGAUGCGUGGUUUGUGAAGCCCCAACCAAUGUCAUUGCUGUCCAUUCGCAAACCAUUGACAUUCCAAAUUGUCCAAGAGGGUGGAGUAGUCUUUGGAUUGGAUACAGUUUUGUCAUGUACACUGCGGCUGGAGCAGAAGGAGGAGGACAAUCACUAGCCAGCCCUGGUUCUUGUCUGGAACAUUUCAGAGCCACGCCCUUCAUCGAGUGUAACGGAGCAAGGGGGACCUGUCAUUAUUUUGCCAACAAAUAUUCCUUCUGGUUGGCAACUAUUGAAGAUCGGGACCAAUUUGCGACACCAAAGAGUGAAACGCUCAAGAGUGGUUAUCUUCGUACGAGAAUUUCUAGAUGUCAAGUUUGUAUUAAAAGCUCGUAAUGCGCUAUAGGAGCCUGUUGUAAUUUUAUUCUGAACAUGUUUUACCAGUUAUUAUUAUAUUUAUAUAUCAGGAUACCAGCAUGAUACCAGUGAAAAUAAGGAGCUUGUACUUAAUUAAUUAGGUUCUGGUGCUAAUUUAAUAAUGUAAAAAUAAUGUAAAAAAUGACUAAAAAUUGAAUGAAUUGAAAUUUUGUAAUUAUACAUGUAAAUGUACUUUUACUAGAAAUACAUAUAAAAAAGUUGUCAUUAUACAUAUAUAAGAUUGAAGAAUAUAUAUAUGAUUCUAAGUCAGAUUGUGCCAUUUUUGUUAGAAUAUGUGAUCAAUUUCUCACACCAAAAUGUCUUUUGUUGAUUCAAACAUACACAAAUUGUAUUUCAAAAGUCUAUAGUAGUUUGUAUAACGAGUUGUUUUUUUAAUAAUAUUAGUAAUGAUGAUCCGCAAACGAACACUGCCAAAAUAAGUCUGCCUGUUUAAUAUGCACUGCCAUUUCUGACUUUUGAUAAAACUAACAGACUUUACCUAACAUUAUUGUAGAGUUUUAUUAAAUACUAUGUUACCUAAA